CGUUGCGUUCUCGCCAGACUGUGGUUCGUUUGACGUGAGUUUAGAGGUAGUUAGCUGUCUGUGACUGAGAACCGCUGAAUAGAAAAUAAAAAUCGCUGUAAAUAUUCCUUUGAGAAACACAAUACAGAAAAUUGGAAAUCAAAUCUAGAGAACAUAGAAAAAAGGGGGAAAAUCACUGAAAACAACAGGAUAUUUGAUUUGGAAAAGAUGAAAAACGGAGAUAAAUAGAUAUAUAUUUCACCUGAGUGCACUGUGGGAGAACCAGGAGGAGGCAUGGCUGUCAACACAAAGACGCUGAAAGAGAUAAGACGAUAAUCACUGAUAAGAAUCCUGUGUGAAGAACAAGAACAAGAAGGAAAGGACGAAGAAGAGGAAGACCACGAAGAAGUAUAAUAAGUAUAACAAGAAGGAGGAGACGCAGAAAAAUAAAGAGGCAUAGCAUAUAGAAAAGAAGCAAGAGAAGAAAAGGAAAAAAAAACAUAGUAGACGAAAGGGAAGGAAAAUAAACAAGCAGAAAAACCGGAAAGGAAGAAGAAAAGAAGCCGUAGCAAUGGCCAAGGACCCAACGAAAGCAAUCCCGGACCACAGCGCCCGCAGCAGCGACCUCGAGCUGAGUGUCUCGCGGCCGGACGAGGCUGACCCCGAGAAGACCAAGCAGGAGCGCCACAAUGGCGGCGACUUCGACGAGGCGCUGGAACUCUGCGGGUCUUGGGGUUUGUGGCAGAAACUCGUUUUCUUCAUCACGGAUUUCUCUCAAGUAUUCUGCGCCAUCCACGCUGUGUCUUCGGCCUUCCUGAGUGCCACGCCGGAGCACUGGUGCCGCGUGCCAGGCGUGAACGCAGAGACAACGGAGCAAGUUUCACUUCUCAAAAAUAUUUCUAUACCUUGGGACGAGGAGGAGGGCUUCUCCAAAUGCACUUACUACGACCACAACUACACGGCUCUGGCCUCGCACCUGUCUGGAGACUCCUGGCAACCCGAGGACCUGGAGGAGCACCUGAGCAACAAGACGAAGACCUGUUCCUCGUGGAUCUUCGAUGACUCGGUGUUCCAGUCCACGCUGGUGUCUGAGUUCAACCUGGUCUGCGGGCGCCGCUGGAUGAUGGCCACCGUGCAGGCGUCCUACAUGAGCGGCCUCCUCGUGGGCUCGCUCGUCAUGGGCCAGCUCUCGGACAGGUUCGGCCGCCGCACGAUGACGCUGUACUGCGCCGUGGCCGCGACCGCCGCGGGUAUCUGCGCAAGUUUCGUCAACACGUACACGUUUUUCCUCGUCAUGAGAUUCGUGAUCGCCUUCUUGUGCGCGGGUCUCAUGGUCAUCACCUUUGUGCUCGUCUCCGAAGUCGUCAGCCCCUCCGCCAGGACGCUGACGGGGAUGCUCUACGCCUUCUUCUUCGGCUCUGGCAUCGCCAUCCUGCCGGGCAUCGCCUACUUCAUCAGGAGCUGGAGGAACCUCGAGCUCACCAUCGGGAUCAUGUCGGCAGCGCUCAUGUCGUACUACUGGCUUCUCCCAGAGUCCCCUAGGUGGCUGGCGUCCAAGGGAAGGACUCGGGAGGCGCUCAAGAUCAUGAAGUCCAUCGCCAAGACCAACGGAAGAACCCUUCCCUCCGACGAGCACAUGCUGGCUCUAAUCUCGAGGGGGAGAGAGCAAGGGCAGCCCAAACCGGAAGAGAGCGACAACGCCGCCAACCAGUCGGGCGAAGGAGGCGCAGACGAAGGAGAGAAGGCAAGCAGGUGGUUCUCGGGCCUGACGGCGAUGGCCAAGAGCCAGUUCACCCUCAUCCGCACCCCAGUCAUGAGGCGCCGCUCCCUCAUCUCCUUCCUUGAGUGGUUCGUCGGCGCCAGCGUGUACUACGGACUCAUCUUCUCAGGCAGCAACAUCAAGGCGGACCCGUUCCUCAUGAUCUUCGUCUCGGGCGUGGUCGAGCUGCCUUCCACCGUCAUCUUCAUCUUCAUCUUGGACAGGUUCGGUCGGCGGCCAACCAUGUGCGGGCUCUUCCUCGUCUGCGGUGCCUGCUGUCUCCUCAUCCUGGCGGUUCCCCAAGAUAAGAUCUACAUCAACUUCUUCCUGGUGAACCUGGGCAAGUUCUUCGACACGGCGGUCUUCCAGCAGUGCUACAUCUACACGUCCGAGCUCAUGCCCACUAGCGUGAGGAACAUCGCCGUCGGGACCUCCUCGAUGUUCGCCAGGAUCGGAUGUGUCCUCACGCCGUAUGUCAUCGAGCUUUUGGGUGACGUUCACUACGCUUUCCCUUCGACUCUCUUCGGUAUUCUGGCUGUCUUAGCUGGCCUCCUCACCCUCCUACUACCUGAGACCAACAAGAAGCCCUUACCAGAGACCGUGGACGAGGUUGAAGCUAUGGGCAAAUAAGAUGGGAAGAAGCCGUGGCCACAAAACGAACACAGGCGAAACUUUGCUCAAAACUUUUGUGUAUAAAUAUAUUUUUACUAAUUCUUUUAGGUUUGUCGUUUCGUGUAAAAAAGUGUAAUACUUUAUGCGUGCUAUGCUAAAUAACAGUUAGUGAAUU